CGGGCCGGCCGGCUGGAGAUGGAUGGGGGGGGCCAACUUCCUGGGGCAGCCUGCGAGGAUGUCGCGACCGCCCCCCAGUGCCCCUCAGCCCCAGAGACGCCGCCGCGGCUGAGUCCCGAGCCCCCCUGCCUCCGGCGUUGGCGGCCCGGAUCCGGCCCCUCCCCACUCCUCCCAGGUGCGGGCCAGGCAGGCGGCCGCAGCAGAUUUUAUCAUGUGGGCAACCUGCUGCAACUGGUUCUGCCUGGAUGGACAGCCUGAGGAGGCCCCCGCACCCCAGGGAGCCAGGACGCAGGCCUAUUCCAACCCCGGGUACAGCUCCUUCCCUUCCCCAACGGGCUCGGAACCAAGCUGCAGGGCCUGCGGGGCCCACUUCACAAACAUGGCCCGGAAGCAGCAGACCUGCCUGGACUGUAAGAAGAGUUUCUGCAUGACCUGUUCGAGCCAAGUGGGGAAUGGGCCCCGCCUCUGCCUUCUCUGCCAACGAUUCCGAGCAACAGCCUUUCAGCGGGAGGAGCUCAUGAAGAUGAAGGUGAAGGACCUGAGGGACUAUCUCAACCUCCAUGACAUCUCUACCGAAAUGUGCCGGGAGAAAGAGGAGCUGGUGCUCUUGGUGCUUGGCCAGCAGCCUGUAAUCUCCCAGGAGGGCAGGACUCGUGCCUCCACCUUGUCCCCAGACUUGCCCGAGCAGCAGGCCUUCCUGACCCAGCCUCAUGCCAGCACAGUACCUCCUACCUCACCCAGCCUCCCUUCUUCACAAGCACAAGCCACCUCUGUUCCCUCCGCCCAGGCUCAGGAAAAUCAGCAGGCCAAUGGCCAUGUGUCUCAGGACCAAGAAGAACCCGUCUACCCGGAGGGCACAGCCAGAGCACCUGCUGAGGAUGAGACCCAGUCCGUCGACUCAGAGGACAGCUUUGUCCCGGGCCGAAGAGCCUCUUUGUCCGACUUGACCGACCUGGAGGACAUUGAAGGUCUGACUGUGCGGCAGCUGAAGGAGAUCCUGGCUCGCAACUUCGUCAACUACAAGGGCUGCUGUGAGAAGUGGGAGCUGAUGGAGCGGGUGACGCGGCUGUACAAGGAUCAGAAAGGACUCCAGCACCUGGUGUGUGGUGCUGAAGACCAAAACGGGGGAGCAGUGCCAUCCAGCCUGGAAGAGAACCUGUGUAGGAUCUGCAUGGACUCACCCAUUGACUGUGUUCUGCUGGAAUGUGGCCACAUGGUAACCUGCACCAAGUGUGGCAAGCGCAUGAAUGAGUGCCCCAUCUGCCGGCAGUACGUGAUCCGAGCCGUGCACGUCUUCCGAUCCUGAGGACUUGGCUUGGUACCGGCUUCUUCAGUGCCUUAUGGGGACACAGUGCGAGGUGUCUGGGCUCAGGGUCAGCCAGCUUGCAGAGGGGCAGGCUAACAAGAAAACUUGGUGUUCCCAAGACCAGGGCAGGCAAAGAUGCUGUGUCGCCUCUGGGUAUGCCUGUCUUGCCACAGAGGGGUGCCUCUUGGCUGGCAGAGCCCAAGGCAGUGAGAACUGGUAUGGGUCGCAUGGGCAAGUGUCUGUUCCGCUGGUCUUGGGUAUUGAUGGUAACUGAUGAAGAGAGGAUUUCCCAGAACUUGGACCAUAUCUUCCUCCCUCCUGUACCCCACCCAUCCCCCUGAGCUGCUUGCCUGUGUUUCACCAAUCAGAAGUCCUGGUAGAAAUGGUUAUCUUCCUCCCCAGCACAUUUGGAUUUAUUUCUGGUCUUUCUGGCUAUCUGUGCUCAAGUUGCUACGUUGCCUAAAAUCCAUUUGUUUCCUCAGACCAAAAAGAUGUCAGCUUACCAGACCGGUAGUGAUCCUCUGGUGAGAAAUGAAACAAAUGCUGUUGAAAAACUUCAAAUUCAUUAAGAGUUGCCUCCUUAAGUGCUGGGCUUGGAAGCUGUCGGUCUCCCGACCUGACCUUGGGAGCCAACAAGGCAUCUGGUUCCCAAACUGCAGGGAAAUUCCAGUCUCUGCAAGAGAUGGGGCAUGGGUCAUCUGCUGCUUCUCUUGGGGUCUGACUUUGCGCCAUCCUCAAUUUUAGUUUAUGAGGAAAGGGAAGGUGUUGGGUGGAAGCAAUGCCUUUCUGCUUAACUUUGACUUCUCCAACAGACAGGAGUUUUAAACCUUUGUCUCCUGAGAAUGAAGUCCCUGUCUUUCCCAUGGAGGUUUUAAACAUGGUCUCACUGAAGGCAUAGACACUUAGGCAAAGAGCCUGCUCUUCUCGAGUCAGACUUUUCAUGAAGUUCCUGGAGACCAAACGUGUAAGACACAGACCACCUAAGAGGUAUUGGAAGGUACUCUCUGAGGCUGGUUUCAGUCCUUGAGCGCACAGCUGGAAGCCUUGAUUCCCCAGGUUGGUGGGGACUCCCUACUCCCUUUCCUUUCUCAGUCUACUGAUUUGGGCAGGCGAGGAAGCAUUCUCCAGGCCCUUAGGAAGGACCAUGCAAUGAGUAGGUCAUGUUCUUGAGCCCUUUUAGGGUCCUUACACCACUGGAAGAGCCAAAGGGCUAAAGAAAAGUUUGCUGGGAUAGCUUAGCCAAGCACAAACACACAUGCUAUCAGAAGAGCUGUGUGCGCUACCAUUACCAAUGGACGAACUAUGUAAACCCGCAACACCUGGGGCCUUAGCAGAUCCUUCCCCCCUUCCCCCCCCCCCCCCCAUGCAGCCAAGAUCUCACACUAGAAGACCCACUCAUGACUCUGGAAAGCAGUGGGAAACCUCCAAGGGGACCUAUUUAUUGGUACAGACAUACUUAUGCUUUUCCUCCAUCAACCACUAACCCCCUCUGGGGGAAUGAAAUUCAUGAAGUUGUCAGCUGAGCACUGGGCCACUCACCUUGACAUUAUCCCAAGUCCAAGAUGAUUUGAUUCUGGGCUGCAUACAGCCUUUGUUGGAAUUGGGGGAACCGAGAUUUUCCUGUGAAGACAUCGUUCUGCUGGACAGUAAAUACUGUAGUUUACAAUACCUACCAUUUUAGCAAGGGAUUCAGCUACUCCUCGAUUCCACUGUGAAACAGGUCUCUCUCUCUCGCUCUCUCUCUUUAUAUAUAUGCAACUCAGUUAAGAUCUAGCAAUACCUUAAGGCCAGAAGCUGGCUCUCUCCCUACUUAAAACUUGCUUUCUCUGCUGAGGCCUUACCUCUCCCUACCUCCCAGUUUCCCUCCUAGACAUGAGUUUAAAAUACCCUAAUGGUUGGUUAGUAACCUCAGUAAGAAUUAGAAGUGAUGCCAUUUCCUCAUUUUAGAGAAAGAACUUGCCUUGAAAUCUAACCUUUUGGUGAAGGUUUUCAUUUAAGAAAAAUGGUGUCAAGCAACCCUGAUUGUUUUUGUUGUUAUCUUCUUUAUUAUUACACCAAAUAAAAAUUGGGGAUUCUAAGAUCCCAUUUCAGUCACCGACUAA